AUGGCGAAACAAGAGUUUGAAAUGCUCGAUUACUUCGGACCGGUCGUUGUAGCAGCAAUCUUUGGCAUCACUCUAUUUCUGAUCUCAUUCCUCAUCAUCAAUUUCUUCUGCAUUUCUAAAUAUGACGACUUCACGAAAUUCGAAAAGUUUGGUGCCAAGCACAACUGGCGAAUGGGCCCACAUAGACUGCACAUUGUCAAAAAAGGCGGUUUCAUCGGCGACGCUUACGAUGACGAAGAAGAAGAGCGAGUAUUCUUCCCAUGA